AUGACCCAGCCAGAAAUCCAUCUUCAUCAUUGUUGCCCCCAGUGGGCACUGAUGGUGUCCAUGCUGAUGACACUACUGUUGUGGGAAGACAUUCAACCAACCUCACCCUUCCAGAAAAGAGCCACCCACACCAUCCAUUUCAUGGUUAACAUUACCCCACAAGCCCCCACUGAAGCAUUGGCUGCCAUCCUCCUAUUCCUUGCAGGAAUGGCACACAGCCAAGACCAAGGGCAUAUUGCAGGUCUGGGAUACAUCCUAGGCCCCAAUGCAGCGAUCGGCACACUGUUAUGUAAUGUGCAAAUGCCAUCAAUUGAAUGCUGCUUGGCCUCUAUGUACUUUGGCCCUGAGUACCUCAUGUGGAGACAGCAAAGGGACUUCAUUGCAACAACCCUGCCAGAAGACAAUGAAACACUUCUGAUGGAUGUCAACAUAGACCACAGUUUAGAGGUGUCCAGAGCACUGGGAUUCAUGAUGAACAAAAUGCAGUUGUGA